GGUAGAUCCGCCAAUUUUUUCCCUGAAAAUCACAAAUAUUGCCAGCACACAGACAAAUUAUCUUCAUAUGUCUGUCCACUCAAAGCUUGCCGUUCCAUUCCUACUAAAAAGAAAAGUCAAUCUCUCCUAGAAAUUUGCAGAACUCCCUUCGAGCCAUUCCAAUGGAUGAAGGGUUGAAGAAACAUUUCUCUGUGUUUUCAACAGUAGUAGUAUCUCUCUGUCAUUGCUACUUCAUUUCUUCAAGAUUCCCAAAGGGGUUCCUCAGAUUCAUUUCCCUUCUCCCCAUUCUCUGCAUCUUUUCGAUCCUUCCUCUCUAUCUCCCUUUCCCAUCCGUCUUCUUCACUUCACUCACCACAUUCUCCAUCACUUGGCUUGGCAACUUCAAACUCCUACUCUUUGCUUUCGGACAAGGUCCGCUUUCUUCGGAUCGAGCAUCUAAAUCCCUUCAUAUUUUCAUCGCUUCUGCAGCUCUUCCCAUAAGGACAAAGCCCGGUACUAAUAACCCUUCAUCCUCCUCCUCCGAUUUAAUCUCCAAGCCUAAGAAAAAGAUACCCAUUAUGACUAAUUUAGGCUUUGAGAUUUUGGCCUCUGCUAUUCUAAUUAGAUUAUUCCUUCUCAAUAACGGAAAGAUUCACCCCAGAAUCUUGUUGAUUGGAUAUUGUUUCUUGGUUUAUUUUAUGGUGGAUUGCGUUAUAGCUUCCUCAAGCUUAUUAGUCCAUGCCUUGAUUGGGCUGGAACUUGAACCUUCCUCCGAUGAACCAUACGCAUCAACAUCCCUCCAAGAAUUCUGGGGCAAGAGGUGGAAUCUCGCCGUGACGAAUAUACUCCGGGAGACGGUUUACAAGCCGGUCAGAUCGGCGUCGGCGAAGGUAUUAGGCCGAGAGUUGUCGUCGUUACCGGCGGUUUUGGCGUCGUUUGUGGUUUCUGGGUUAAUGCACGAGAUCCUGUUCUUUUACGCGACGCGCGUGGAUCCCAGUUGGGAACAAACUUCGUUCUUUGUGCUGCAUGGGAUCUGUGUUGUUCUGGAGAUUGGAUUUAAGAAAGCUUUGAACGGAAGAUGGAGAUUGCCGUGGUUCGUGUCGGGGCCGUUGACCGUCGGGUUUGUGGUUUCGACCAGUUUCUGGCUUUUCUUUCCGCCGUUGAUUAAUAGUCGUGCUGAUGUUAUGGUGUUGGAGGAGUUCAGAAUUUUCGGAGAGUUUGUCCGGGAUCGAAUAUUGAAUCGUCUUGUUAGCUUUUGGCCAUGAUUGAUGAGUAGAAUCAGUACUUCCGGUUCAAUCAAUUUCGGUUGUACUCAUUUAUUAUUAUGUAUUAUAUUACUCUUUUGAGUGUCAUAAAAUUUCAAUGAUGUUACAUACAAACAAUCACAAAUGUUUGAUAAGGGUCGAUCAAGCCCGAUGUAUAUUCUUUAAUCGCCAUUCCAAUUUCGGCAUUGAUGGUGUAAAGUUCUUGCAAAUACGAAACAGAAAAUGAUUGGGAGUUUGGAGUAUUUGAUAAUUGAAAUAUAUUUACUCCCUUCAUUAAGUCGUUUUGGAGUUGGAUGAGUUUUUCUAAAUAUAAGUCGUUCUAG